AUGCAAUCUGGGCAAAUAAAAGCAAUCUUAUCUGACACUUUCUUUCUUUUAAUCUAUCUAUUUAUCUAUCUAUCUAUCUAUAUGUUCAUAUCUAUCUCACUUGUUCAUUAUCUAUCUAUUUAUCUAUCUAUCAUAGUCUAUUCAUAUCUAUCUGUUUAUAUAUCUCAUUCUGUUCACAUCUAUCUAUCUAUCUAUCUAUCUAUCUAUGUAUCUAUCUAUCUCAUCUAUGUAUCUAUCUAUCUAUCUAUCUAUCUAUCUAUCUAUCUCAGUCUGUUCAUAUCUAUCUAUCUAUCUAUCUAUCUAUCUAUCUCAACAAGUUUUAUCUAUCUAUCUAUCUAUCUAUCUAUCUAUCUAUCUAUCUAUCUAUCUUCGCUAUCUAUCUAUCUAUCUACUUUUUAUAUUAAACUGCAGCUGAAACAAGAUUUGAAAGACACUCACUGUAAAAUAGGUCCUUUCAUUAUCUAUCUAUCUAUCUAUCUAUCUAUCUAUGCGCACGUGCUUGUAUUGUUUCUUGCUCAAAAGUUGAGAUGUUCUUCAGCACUUACCCGAUACCAAAUUCAUCAUUUGUCAAUCGCUGAGACUUGUUUCAAACUAAAACUAGAGAGAUCAAAAUCCAUCAAUCAAUCAAUCAAUCAAUCAAUCUAUCUAUCUAUCUAUCUAUCUAUCUAUCUAUCUAUCUAUCUAUCUAUCUCAGUCUUUCUUUGCUAUCUAUCUAUCUAUCUAUCUAUCUAUCUAAGGUCGAUCCUUUAA